AUGGGAUCUGAUGGAGAUGGAUCCUCCUCUGGAGAAGACGGAGACCACCAAAAGUGGCUCAAGAUCUUACAUGAACAGAAUUUGCACACUGCUGUAGGGGAGCUUCGAAAGAAACGUGCACAGGUUGAGUACGCAGAAGCAGAUCUCGAGGUCAAACGAGCCAAUGUUGUCUACUUUGAGCGGAUGGUUGAGCUUCAGAAGGGAGGAUUCAUUCCACCGGUGGGCAGUCUCCAAGUGCCAUUACAGCCAGAUGUUUCGGUUUUUCCAUCUUCCAAACGUAAAGGUGCUCAGAAUCCAGGUGGAAGGAAAUUCCAGAUAUUUUCCCAAACAACACUGAAACAAACACUGGGAGAACCAAGUGUCAAAUCUCCAAAAUCUUCCGAAGAAUCUGUUGCUGAGACGGAAGUUCCUUCAAAGAAACCUCCAAAAGAAAAAUCAAGGGAACCCAAUAUACCUCCGGAUAUUGGCAAUGAGCAAUCAGUUCAGGAUCCUGUCACCCAUGACGAUAGUUUCGUUUGGCCAAACCAGACAUGUGUGUACCUAGCGCCUCCAAGCCAAAUCAAAAGUACCGGGGGGGGUCUUUUUUGGUUGGGCCCUCUAUCAAAUGUCAACAAACACCCUGAAGGUUCUUGCAGCGACUUUUGUGGCUGGGUUUUUGGGUCGAACAGAGAAUGA